CACAAGGUGGCCACUGUUGCAAUGUGGACACCGAGAAGUUGCUCAUCUAUUUCGCCGUUUUAUCACGAAUAUUGCGGAGCAAGAAGUGAGUGAUGUCCGAAGAUUCUUCUCGAAGUACUUUACCGGGUCAAGACGUAAAUCCAGGAGAUGCGUCAGCCGAAGUCUCUCAGGACGGAGGGGCGUGUGAGGAGGAGGAGGAGGUGUCUAACAAUGUUGGCGGUGCCCCCGAUCCUCAGCAGGUGGAGCGGGUCUUGAAGGAGGUGGGCUCCACCAGCACCGCCUUCAUAGGCCCUGCCCUCCCACCUGGUUUAGGUGCGGCGACGACCGAUGUUGAAGAGUCCCUGAGUGCGUUUUACAAAGAGCUGGAGGAGAUUGAUUCUCAAAACGCUGCCAGUGAGGCUUUGGAUUCAAGUGCUGAGCAUCGGAGGACUGGUACCGACUUACCGGACUCGAUCCGACGUUCUCGAUCAAACCUCAAGACAAGUGAGGAAGAGCUACCACAGAGAUCUCACUGGAGUCACAAUGCACCUUAUCCACGGAGGAAGCGGUCGGCUCGGAACUCGUGGCGUCGCCCUCCACCACUGAAUGGAACAGUGAAACCAGCUUUCCAACCUGAGCUGUACGAUUGUCACUGGGGGCCUCCAGACACCAACCACUACGCCCCCUACCGUCCCCCGCCCUGGUUCCCUCCACCACACAGCCACACGUCUCAGGGCUUUUACAACGAUCCUCCUCACCACUUCCACACGCCUUUUUAUCACGACAGUUAUGGACCAAGAGACUAUUAUGACUUUGAGUCCGAAAAUGACAUAUGGGAGAGGAGGCAUCACUCCCCGCCUCCGUGUUCCCGGGUGUUGAUCUUGAUGAGGGGGCUCCCGGGGUCUGGGAAGUCCACCCUGGCAAGGGAGCUGUGCACUGGCCCCAGCGGCCUGAUCCUGAGCACCGACGAUUAUUUUGACAACACAGACGGAUACCGCUACGAUGCCGGGCUUCUUGGAGCGGCACACAAGUGGAACCAGGACCGAGCCGAGGAGGCGAUGCGCGAGGGCAGGACCCCCAUCAUCAUCGACAACACCAACACCCAGGCGUGGGAGAUGAAGCCGUACGUCCACAUGGCCCUGGAUUACAGCUACAGAGUGGACUUCUGCGAGCCCGACACCAGCUGGAAGUUCGACCCCUGCGAACUGGAACAGUGUGUUUUCAUCUCGGUCGCCAGCGCCUGCAUUGAAAACCCUCUCAGCUCAACACUGCCCUCUGCCUUCAGGAGGAACACGCACGGCGUGGACCGCGGCAAGAUCGCUCAGAUGAUGGAGCGCUUCUGCUCCCCCGUCUCCGUCAGCAUCGUCCUCAACUCUCAGGAGCCGCAACACGUCAAGCGACGGCGAGAACCCGAGCAGCCCGGCACCAGCGCAGACCACCACUGCUAGUGUUCCAGCACAUUCACAACUCCACUCCAUGUUUGAUACUUUUGUAUUGUAUUUUUCCAGGAAAUAACUUUAUAUUUUCUACAGGAAUUACAUUUUUAAUUUAUUCUCUGAUGUUUGUAAGAAGUUUGAAUACAGAACAAAAUCAAGCCUGAAGUGUUUUAGAAGCCUUCUGCAUCCAAGCGCCUGCAGCAGCUUCUUCAUCUGCUGGUUCAUUCCUCAAGUGCUGAACCUCAACUGACUCUCCGGGUCUCUUCAAGUGAAGUCAGGGUGACCUACCUGGAUGUAACUCCAGUUCUAUGAAGCAUGAUUGUGGAGCAGGAAGUUGUGGGUUUGAAUCCCAAUGCUGGUCCUCGCAGCUGCACAUCCAGAAGUUCCUCCAGACAGAAGGAUUACGUGACCAAGACGGUCAACCGCAGAUUGAGGGAAGAGUCUGGAUCAACAGCAGUGAAAACAUCCUGUUGUUUUCAAAGCAACAAAAUAACUCAAAUAAUAAAAGCUCAUUUUACGAAAACAAACAAAAAAAAGGCGUGAAUAAAGGAGCAGAUGAUAAGACCAAGGUGGUGUUCAGCAUCACCACCUGCUGUCCAAGUGGAGUCGUUGCGCGCUCAUAUUUCAAAAAGGGAAUUACUCAGGUCAAAUAGCUGUUUGUAUAUAAUUUAACAUUGUUUCAUUGUCAUAAAAUAAAACUCAGUGGAAAUACUAUGAUUUAACUUCAAAAGCAAUUAGCAUGUGGGGAAACAAUUCAAAUAGAGCAAUAACAAAAAAAGAGGAAAGACAGACACAAAAAAGUGAAUAUUUAUUGAGAUAAAGAUUUUCACAAAGAGGCAGAUUUUUUUUAUACAAAUCAAUUUCAUCAAUUUCAAUUUAAAAAUCCAGUUGUAAUUUACAAUAUUAAACAUAUGGAUAAACGAUUGUCAAUAUAAAUCCAUUAGUAUGUAGGGAAGUAAAUAUGAGGCAAAAAAUAAAUAAAAAAAAGAAAAGUAAAUAGAGGACUAGAGAUUUUUUACCUCUGGAAUUUGAAAUAAAAAAAAACAAUAAAAAUGAAAGAACCAGAAA